AUGCUAAAGUUUAGGAGCAUAUGCACCACGUUAAUAGGAGGAAAGAUAUACAACAUAAAUGGGAGGACCAUAAGGGAGGAGAAACUAUUAUCUGAAGGAGCAUAUUCAUUUGUAUAUUUGGCUAAAGAUUUAAAUACAAAUAAAAUAUAUUCUAUAAAAAAAACUAUAUGUCAAGAUAAGGAAAAAUUAGAAAUGGCAAAAAAAGAAAUAAAUAUACUUAAAAGUUUACCUCCACAUAAAAAUAUUGUUCAGUAUUAUGGGUCUACAGUUAUUGCAGAAAAUAAUUAUAGAAUUGUAAUUAUGUUAAUGGAAUAUUGUGAAAAGGGAAAUUUAUUAAAUAUAUUUGAAAAAAAUAAAGAUAAAAUCAAAGAAAAUCAUAUUGUUAAAAUACUUAAGGAUAUAAUAACAGGAUUACAUUUUCUACAUACACAAGAAAUACCAAUUAUCCAUAGAGAUAUAAAACUAGAAAAUAUUUUAUGCGAUAAUAAUGGUGUUUAUAAGAUCUGCGAUUUUUGCUCACAUACAAUUUCUAAUUCAAUAUUUCCAAAUGAUUUAGUUAAAAAUUCUUUUUAUAUAUUAAAAGAAGAAAUAGAAAGAGAUACAACAUUAAUAUAUAGACCUCCUGAACUAAUUGAUUUAUAUUCAAAUUUAGAAAUAUCAUGUAAAGUUGAUUUAUGGAUGGUUGGAUGUAUUUUAUAUUUAUUACUUUUUAAAAUUCAUCCUUUUCAAAAUAAUAAUAAUAAUCUUUUAUCCAUUAUUAAUGGUAGUUUUACUAUUCCUUACAAUUCUAAAUAUUCUAAAAGAAUCAUUUCUAUUUUACUUAUGACUUUAAAUAAAAACCCUCAAAAAAGAAUUGACUCUACAACUCUUUUGUUCAUUUUAGAAAAUUAUGCAGACUUGAAAACCUGGUUCAUGCAUAUUCCUGCAGAUAUAAAAAGGAGAGUUAAUCAAAUCUUUGAAAAAAUGAAUGAACUAAAUCUAAACAAUAAGAAAAACGAACUAAUAGAAAUUAGCAGCGAUAAAAUUGUAGAUGUAAAAAUUAGUUCAAAGGAGUAUCAAGUUCCUGUGCCAAAGAGCAGUACUAACUUUUUGAAAUUCUUCAGUGCAGGAAAUACGUCUGCGGACGCGUUUAAGAAAAGGGUGGGCCUGUCGGCGGUCGAGACGGCAACUGCUGCUACAUCUACUACUGCUACAUCGACUGCUGCUACAUCGACUGCUGCUAUAUCGACUGCUGCUACAUCGACUGCCGCUACAUCGACUGCUGCUACAUCGACUGCUGCUACAUCGACUGCCGCUACAUCGACUGCUGCUACAUCGACUGCCGCUACAUCGACUGCCGCUACAUCGACUGCUACCACUUCUACUGCUGCCACUUCUACCGAUGCUUCUCUCCCUGGGAAGGGGAGCAACGUGGUGAACGACAUUACACAAGCAAAGGGAGUUAAACUCAUAAGCAUUGAAAAUAUAACAAGCGCAGCUGUUAUUGCUAUAAAUGAUGCAAAAGAAAACGUGGACUUGUUAAACCUCGACACAAAAUUUCAUCAUACAGUGGUGGAUCCAAAUGAGAACAACAAAAAGGGUUCCAAAAAUAAUGAAAACAUAUUAAAAGAUGUCCAAAUGGACAAGGAUCUAAAUUUAUUUGAGAUGAACUGUAGCAAUGCACGCAAUGAUGAUGCCGGGAGUAGAAGCAUCGACGUAGAACGAAACGAUCAAAUUAACAGGAGCAGCAAUGAUGUUAACAACAGCUUUAAUUGUUUUUUUGACCCCUGGAGCGUUUCCAAUGGAAGUGAUGUAUCUGCCUCUGAUAAGACUUUCUUAACGUCCUUAAAAAAAAAUAGUAACAAGAAUUUCUCUCAAAAUGGUGGUAGCAGUUUUCUAAAUGGUAGUAGAAGUAACUUCCCAUAUGAUGGUAUCAACUUUCAGAAUGAUGGAGAUUUUAAGUUCGAAAAUUCGUGUACACUAAAUAACUGUACAAACAACUUUAACGAGUGGAAAGACAACCGUAAAAAUUGCUCUAAUAUUAAUGACGCUUUCUAUAAUUUAGACUACUUUGAAGAAAUAGAUCAUGAUAAUCAUAAUGAUGGUAAUAAAAGUGGUUCUAAUGAUGGUCCUAAUAAUAAUGAUGAUGGUAAGAACAGGGAUGAUAACAAUAUUCCCAAUUUUGACGGGAGUAAAACAAAAACAGAAGAGGAGGGCCCUUAUAAUUGGAACAAUUCCAUUUUAAAUGACUUUAAAAAGAGAAGCUCGUCCAAACUGAUUGCAUCAGACAAGAACGACAAGUUUUCAGAACUCCUUGAGGAUUUUCAAAAAACUUUCAUCAAAUGA